AUGUCCUCGAUGUUUGGCAAACCCCGAGCCGCCGGCGAGCGGCCGCCCCAGAGCCCUCUCACCGAGUGCAACGUGGCCAUCCUGGGGUGCCGAGGCGCCGGCAAGUCAGCCCUGACUGUGAAGUUUCUAACCAAGAGGUUCAUAAGCGAGUAUGACCCCAACCUCGAGGACACCUACACUUCAGAGGAGCUGGUAGACCAGCAGCCCGUGCUGAUGAAGGUGAUGGACACUGCUGACCAGGAUGGUCCUGAGAACUGUGAGCGUUACCUGCGCUGGGCCAGCACCUUCCUCGUUGUCUACAGCAUCGAUGACAGGAAGAGCUUCGAGGGCUGCCAGAGGUACCUGGAGGUCCUCUCCUUGCACGCAAGGGGCUGCCAGCGCCGCUGCCCUGUGCUCCUGCUGGGCAACAAGCUGGACAUGGAGCAGUACAGGCAGGUGCCUGCUGCUGAAGGGAUGUCGCUGGCGAGCAGGUUCGGGUGCCUCUUCUACGAGGUGUCGGCGUGCCAGGACUUCGCGGGGGUACAGCAGGUCUUCCACGAAGCCGUGCGGGAGGUACGGCGCCAGGCGGAGCGGAGCCAGCCUGUCCGCCCACUCUUCAUCACCGAGGAGCAGCCCUGCCCUCCGCUGGCCACCACGGUGGCCCUGCCAACCCGCCAGGGCUUGGCCAGCUGCACCUUCAACACCCUCUCCACUGUCAACUACAAGGAGAUCCCCUCGGUGGCCCAGGCCAAGCUGGUCACUGUCAAGUCCUCACGGGCUCAGAGCAAGAGGAAAGCUCCUGCGCUGACCUUGCUGAAAGGCUUCAAGAUAUUUUAG